UAAGCCUGGUCAAUGAAAAAUGGUCAACUUUCAUAUCGAGCCAAGGAAAGUAAUAGAAAGUAGGAAAAGCGGUGUUUAUAAAUGGUUCAGCGAGUUUCUACAGAGAUCCCCCGGUAUAAAGAUAACACAGCGACCUCCGGAUCGAUAAAACGAUACGAUAAUCGAGCAAGUGUACGGCGUGCGAUCGAGUCGUAGCGCAUUAUCGAUAAAACUGUUCGUAAACUGAUUCACCGUUUCCACGUAACGAUGGUAGCACGGUGUUCCGCAGCAAUACAAUAUACUCGUUCCCAGAAAACGAAAGUGUGAAGCGGACCCGAAAAUUCGAUUUAAGUGAACGAGGUGUAAACACGACUCGAUCCGUAAACGAAAGAAAAAGUGCACGCUUGCGGAGUGCAUCGCGAUCGCGAAUGAUAACGUUGAUAUAGAGAGAUACACAAAGGGACGAAAAAGUAUCGUGUACGCUGGUUCGGGGAAACUCACGAGUUGUAAGACACAUAUUGUCAGCAGGAAGUGCCUUCGAUUACAAAUUCCCAUGUCAUUUGGCCAGGUGGAUAUUUAGCGAGCGAGGCCUCUUUGGUCAGUCGGAGACGAGCGUUUCGUUGCGCGUACGCUGCAUCACACUUGCACGUUCCAAUGCGCCGCCAUAUUUCUUCAACACUUGUUCCCCGUACCUUUCUCGUGGGUGACUGGCGCAAGUGACAUGCACACGGUUCGUCCGCGGUACUAUUUUGUACCCGAGACCGAGACUAGCUUUAUGACGGGGUAGGUAGAGAACGGCACGACCAGGCUUGUCGUCUACAAACCUAUACCUUGUUCGAGCUAAUCCCUACCAUUUAAAUGGUAGAUAAGAAGGGGAAAACGUUCGCACUCCGCCGAUAACACAAUCGUGCAACGCACAACAACGCUGUACACCGAGAUUCUCUUAACCCCUUCGGGUUCAUUGAAACGCAUGGAACACCAUCCAAAGGUCGAGCGUACAAUCUUACCCGUUUUUGGGUCGCAUUUCAAUACCACCGAAAGAUGCGGCAAUCUAUGAAGCAGAGACCAUAUCUCGAUCGUGAAGGAAACCUAAAUUGGACGUUUCUGAAGUUCAGAUUUUAGCAUUUUUGAGAGAACGCUAUUUUUACCUUGUAUGGUGUGUUUCUACCUCGGGAGCCACAUCUUCGAAGACGAGAGGCGGUUGUCUCGUCCAUCGUUGAUCAAGAAUGCGAAAAGGUGCGAUUGCCGCAGAGACAAGGAAUAUUUGGUUCGCGGUGACGUCAGGAACGCUUCAAGAAUUGGGGGAACGAAAUUCCCGCGCUUCCGGUCCACGGAUUGGAGUUCGUGCACCGAGUUGAUCUCGCGCGAAUCCAGAACCGUUCGGACCCGUAAACCUAAAAACAAACGUUUCACCCUUUUCAAAAAAGGUACGGCUCGGUUAAGGUGCGCUGAGGGCACGUUUCGCGUGCACAACAUAUACGGCGAUGGGAAUUGCAUGUUCCGAGCGAUCAGUUACAUUCUAUGGCGAAAUGAGGACGAACACCGACACCUCCGUACAAUGGUCGUCCAACACAUCAAGGACAACUGGUACGAGUACGGGCCAUUCGUGAUGGCCGAAUGGAACAUAUCGGACCGUCAGGCGUACUGCGACUACAUGAGCAUAGUAGGCACGUUUGCCAGCGAGUUGGAGUGCACGGUGGCCACGAAAAUGAAUUACAUGAACCUGUCGAUAUACCGGGAAAUCAGAGACAUAUAUCAACUGAAGCGUGUGUUCCACAACCAUGUGAGCUCUUAUUAUCGAACCGCGAGGCUCCUGUUCACCGGAAACUCGGACAGCGGCCAUUACGACGUUCUGAUACCCGACUGAACCGCCGCGUAUCAUCGAUCCCGAACGGAGUCAUUACAUGAAAUUUCUGUGCGACCGUCUCUCCUCUUCUCGUCCUUGUUCAUUCUUGAAUAAAUCGUGCCUUCUCUACGCA